AUGCAAGUACGCAACGUAAUUACUGAGUUAUUUGAAGAGUAUAAAAAGAAACAUAAUGCAAAACAAGGAGCUUCUUGGAAACAACAAUGUGAAACAAACGUAUUUGAGGGAAGGGGUUCUACUUUAAGCAAAUCAACAUGGGAGUUGGAUUUCGAGAAUAUGCUUUCUGAGGAUGAUGGAUUGGAAAAAACUGAGUUGGAUGAUUAUUUAGCUGAGAAGUUGUUACCGAAUGGGGAGGGCUUUGACAUAUUAAUGUGGUGGAAGUGUAAUGGUUCUAAGUUUCCAAUAUUACAGAAGAUUGCUAGAGAUAUCUUAGCCAUUCCAAUUUCUUCAGUUGCUUCGGAAUCAUCUUUUAGCAUGAGCGGGAAUAAAGUGACAAAACAACGUAACCGAAUCAAAGCGGAAACAGUUGGGGCAUUAAUGUGUAGCCAAAGUUGGUUACGAAAAGAACUUCAAGUGAAUCACCACCCACUCUCCAACCUCGCACCACUCACUGUAUCUGUAUCUGAUCACCGUUGCCGCCACCUACUAUGCUCUCGCAACACUUUUUCGGUGACGGGAAGCCACACACUCUCUCUUUAUCUCUUCUUUCCUCUACACUCGCACCACUCGCUUGAGAUUACUUCGAGGAUUAGCAGCUUUCCGAUGAGAUCCAAGCACUCUAUCAGCCGUGCUCAAAAUGUGAGCUCUAAAAGGCCACUUAGGCAAUUCGUUACAGGUGUAGUUGAACGAAUCGAAUACGACCCAAAUCGCACUUCACGGACCGCAAUGGUCAGAUGGGUCGAAGGGGCAGCCGUUGACCGCCCAAAAAAAGUCAACUCCCUCCAAAAAAAACUUCACCCCAGCCCCCAAGAUCCUACCCUCCAUCUCCAUCAAAGACAUGAUGCUCCUUCUUCGUUUGUGAACGUGUUGGGUGUUCCAAGAAUGGCGAUGGCAGGGGCAAAACCAGAAUUUUUUGUUCCAAGAAUGAAAGAUGAUGUGAAAGAGAAUGAAAGUUUGUUGCUUAAUGAGGUAAAAAGGUGGGAUAAGGAUAGUGUUGUGUGGGGGCAUAAGAUGAAACGAAAAACAAUUGUUUCUUGGGGGAGUUUGAGACAAAGGGGGAUUUUAGGGGUUGUUAAUGAGUCAGAGUCAAAGUCAAAGGUAAGAGAAAGUGAAAAGGUGGAAAAAGAUGGGAAAUUUGGAGUGGAUCGAGCUCAUGACCGAGCAUUUGUUUGUUUCAUGCAUUCUGCUUUAUUGGUAUUCAUAGUAGCGCAUUUCCGUUCCCCUAGCUACCGGUUUAUCGGCAACAGUGUAUAUUUCUGCCCGUGGUACCUUUUCCCCACCCGCAUGACAUCCCAGCUUGGUCGGUCGCCCUUUCCGACUUCUCUUUCAGCUCUACUCGCGUAUGGGUUCCUUUCUCAUGAGUUUUAG